AUGGCUUUGAGGCUUCUAGGGUCAUCAUUUCCUUCUUCCAUCACCACCGGUUGUUAUGUAACAAGAGCUUCAUUGCCUAGUAAGAGUCUCGAAUUCUCAAAAGAAUAUAAUUGGAAGCACAAUUCCAGAAGCAUAUUUGAAAGAGGAUCUACAAUUACAACAUGUGAAAAACAUGAUGAAAAGAAGUACCUCAUGAAUGUGACACAAUCACAUGAAGCUGAACCACAUUCACAAACCAUCUUCAACUCCAUCAUUCAUGCUUUAGAUGCUUUCCGCAAGUUUAGCAGAUUCUACGCAUUCAUUGCCAUGAUAGUGGGUUCAUUUUCAUCAUCACUUCUUGCCGUCGAUAAUUUAUCAGAAUUAUCUCCAACAUUUUUCAAUGGCUUUUUGCAGUAUGUAGCAGCUUUCUUCUUCAUGCAUAUGUACAUUGUUGGAGUAAAUCAAUUAGCGGAUCUUGAAAUAGACAAGAUUAACAAGCCAUACCUUCCUUUGGCAUCAGGAGUUUAUUCCUUCAGAAAUGGAGUUAUACUUGUGACAUCAUUUUUACUUACGAGCUUUGGAGUUGGAUGGAUCAUAGGAUCAAAGCCAUUGCUUUGGGCUCUUUUUGGAAGCUUUUUUUUAAUGUCGGCUUAUUCAGUUGAUUUACCUUUAUUGAGAUGGAAGAAAUCUACAAUACUUUCAGUGAUGGCUAAUGUAUUUUCUAUGCUGAUAUCAUUUAAUUUUGGUCCCUUUUUUCACAUGAAGACUAUGCUCAAGAAGAAAGCUAUCUUUCCAAGAUCACUAGUUUUUGCUACUGCAGUCAUGGGCAUUUUCUAUGGCAUUAUAAUGUUGGCAAAGGAUAUACCUGAUAUCGAAGGAGACAAAAUGGCAGGUCUCCAAACUUUGGCAGUACGUUUAGGUCCUAAGAAGGUAUUCUGGUUUUGUGUUUUUCUUCUGGAAAUGGCUUAUGGAGUUGCUAUUAUGAUUGGAGCAUCUUCUCCUUUUUCUUGGAGCAAAAUUUUUGUGGUUUUUUCUCAUGCUAUCAUGGCUUUAUUCGUCUGGUAUCGCGCUACUCUAGUAGAUUUAUCAAGCAAAGAUUCAUUGCAAGCCUUUUAUAUGGUUAUCUUUAAGCUUAUUUAUACGGAAAAUAUUCUUAUGAUUUUUGUGAGAUGA